GAUCUCUGGAACUCCAGUGUGCCCGUUCAUUGUACCGACUCAGCGGCCAUGCGCAAAUGGAUCCGGAGGAGGGCUGUGCGGUGGAGGCUGGAGUCUACAUAAGAUCUCUGCCCGCGGGGACUUCUUGCACUCGCACCCUCCAGACGCACUGAUUGAACGGGGAAAACGCAAAUCCAGGGCAGUCUGUCGGGUACCUCGGGAUCAUCUCUCCAGCAAACCCCCCACCACCACCACCACCACCCCACCCCCUCUUUCCCUCCUCUAAUGACUGACCAUCUCGGACCACGGAUGCAGAGAGCAGCAACGAUGCGGCGGCUCCGCUCUUAACUCGUUGGACCCCCCCCCACCCCACCAUCACCACACACACACACACACACACACACACACACACACACACACACAGCCAGCCCCCCAGCCCCCCUUCCCCCUCACUCUCUCGUUUUUGCCGGUUCUAGCUGAGGGAGGCAGAAUAAAUCCAGGAUGAAGCUCAAACCGAACCAAACCAGGACAUACGAUGGCGAGGGCUUCAAGAAACGAGCAGCGUGUCUGUGCUUUAAGAACGAACGUGAAGAAGAGGUUCUGCUGGUCAGCAGCAGUCGGCACCCAGACCAGUGGAUCGUCCCCGGAGGAGGGAUGGAGCCAGAGGAGGAGCCAUGUGGUGCCGCGGUGCGAGAGGUGUUUGAGGAGGCCGGUGUCAAGGGCAAGCUAGGACGCCUCCUCGGCGUAUUUGAGCAAAACCAAGAUCGGAAGCACCGGACGUACGUGUAUGUGUUGACUGUGACCGAAACCCUGGAGGCCUGGGAAGACUCUGUCAACAUAGGCCGUAAGCGGGAGUGGUUCACAGUGGAAGAGGCCAUCAAAGUGCUGCAGAGCCACAAACCUGUCCACGCUGAGUACCUGCGGAGGCUCCAGCUCAGCUGCUCCCCAACCAACGGAAACUCCAUCCUCCCGAGCCCGCCACCAAACGACAACUACCCCCAUUACAGCGCCAACGCCACCACACCCUCGACGGGGAGCGUGUUGGGCUCCUCCUGCAGAUAGGACUGCACCCAAACCUUUUGUCCUGUCCAGCUCGGACAGCUCACUGAAAGUCUGUACAGUCUUGCAUGAAUCUAAUGACUUUUUUUUAGAGUUACAGCUCUCUUGUAUGUAUCAUUUCUAGUCUUAGCUGCAGGACAGACCAAAGCCAUCGCCAGAACUGUGUCAAAGACUCACGUGACUGAGCAGGAGAAGCUAUUAAAGCUCAAAUCGCUGACAGACAAACUGUGGAUAUGGCUAAGUCAGGAACACCUUUCUUUUGCUGGCAAACACCAGACUGAUGAGCUGAAGUUUGGGAAGAGGGAGCUGCAGACUCUGCUGGCGUGACUGACCUGAUGAAUGGAAUGCCUUACAGAAACUUUGUAUGAAUGUUGCAUUUGAGUCGUUUUAUCAUUUUUAUUUUCUUUUAGCAGAAUGAAUAUGCUUUCUAGUUAAUAAAAGGGUAAUUGACCCCAAAGCAC